GCUUCCCAGCGCCCGAACCGCCACUGGAUCCUGUUAUUGGCCAACUCUUGGACCGAGGGGUGUCCCCUCUGGAUAACCACCGUAUCUCGGGCUGGAGAGCUGCUGAGAUUUAACACUUCAGCACCUGCUGCCGUUCGGGAAGCAGACUUGGAGCUUCGGCUUCUUUUUUUUCUCUUGCUUUGGGUACCACACAACCGCCACCGUGUCUCGCCAGCGAGCCAAGAUGUCCAAAGUGGCCAAAUACCGGCGACAAGUUAGUGAAGAUCCAGAUAUAGACAAUUUAUUGUCUACUUUGUCUCCAGAGGAGAUGGAGGAGCUGGAAAAGGAGCUGGAUGUGGUCGAUGCGGACGGGAGCAUCCCUGUGGAGCGCAGUCAGACAAACCAAUCAGAAAACUCCUUACCUGGCCCACAAAACUGUGACACGGCGCUCAACCACCACGACAAGGACACCAGGAGGCUCCUGCAGCGGGAGCACUCGAUAGACGAAAGCAGGUUGAGCAAGAAUAAGGGAGACAAAAAUCAAGAAGAAAAAGGAAAAGAAUCUCCUUCCAAUGAACUGGCCCAGAAACAAGAUACUAAAGUGGGGAAAGACUCUAAAAAGGAAGAAAGUGUUCAGAAAACAGACCGGAAAGGUAAAGCUGAGACUGAGACCAAGAGCAAAGAGAAUAAAGCUAUGAAUGAUAAAGUCAAGGCCAUGGAGAAAAAGCUGAUGGGGAAGGACAAGAAGGAGGAAGAGAAGGGUUCAGUGUUGAAGAAGGACACAGAGAAGAACAAAAAGGGGGAAGAGAAGAGCUCAGAGAUGAAGAAAGAUGCAGGGGAGGAUAAAAAGGAAGAAGAGAACAGCUCAUAUUUUAAAAAGGAGGAUGCAGGGAAGGAUAAAAAGGAAAAAGAGGUCUCAGCAGCAAAGGAAGAGACAGAGGAAGAAAAAAAGCAAGAAGAAAACGAUUCAGCAUCAAAGGACACAGGGAAGGACAAAAAGGAGGAGAAGAGUUCAGAAUCAGAGAAACAGGCAGAAAAAGACACAAGAGGGGAAGGUAAGAAAGAAAAUGAUAAAAAAGAAGAGGAAAAGGCUUCAGCUGUGAAAAAAUCUAAGGCAGAUGAGAAUGAUAAAUCCCAGACAGAAGCAGAAAAGGCAGAAAAGGUGGAGGAGAAAGAGGAGGCCAAGGCAGCAGCCGGGAGCAGCCCUUCCAAGUCUUCCUCCAGCAGCUCUGCAGAUCAAGCCAAGGACGAUGAAGCCUCCAGCAUCUUUGACGAGCUCAUUGAGAAGGUGAAGAACAAUGACGCUGAGGUGACCGAGGUCAACGUGAACAACUCUGACUGCAUCAACAACGAGACUCUAGUGCGCUUCACCGAGGCCCUGGAGUUCAACACUGUGGUCAAGGUGUUUGCCCUGGCUAACACCCGCGCUGAUGACCACGUGGCCUUUGCCAUUGCCAUAAUGCUCAAGUCCAACAAGGUGCUGACAAGCAUCAACAUGGACUCCAACCACAUCACAGGCAAGGGUAUCCUGGCCAUUUUCCGGGCACUGUUGCAGAACAACACACUGACGGAGCUACGUUUCCACAACCAGCGGCACAUCUGUGGGGGAAAAACAGAGAUGGAGAUUGCCAAACUCCUGAAAGAGAACACCACACUCCUGAAGCUGGGCUACCACUUCGAGCUGGCUGGGCCACGCAUGACCGUCACCAACCUGCUGAGCCGAAACAUGGACAGGCAGAGGCAGAAACGCCUCCAGGAGCAGAAACUGGCACAGGAACGGGGGGAGAAGAAAGACCUCCUGGAGGUGCCCAAGUCUGGAGCACUGCCAAAGGGGUCCCCCAAGGCAUCUCCGCAACCAUCCCCCAAGGCUUCCCCCAAAAGCUCUCCCAAAAAAGGAGGGGCACCCACCAUACCACCCCCACCUCCUCCUCCACUUGCUCCACCACUGAUGAUCAACGAGAACCUGAAGAACUCGCUCUCACCAGCCACACAGAGGAAGUUAGGAGACCGGGCGCUGCCAGUCCAGGAGAAGAACUCUCGAGACCAACUCCUGGCAGCUAUUCGCUCCAGCAACCUCAAACAGCUCAAGAAGGUGGAGUUGCCGAAGCUGCUGCAGUAGGGUGCGGGAGGAUUUUUCCCCUGCAGCCCAUGGCAGACCCCCAGACACUCACCUUUCUCGUGACAAGCCCUUUGGAACCUGCAGUGACCGACGCUAAGGAGCAGGGAUCUCUCUGGGACACGGAGGAUGGGCCGGGCCCAGCAGGACAUGAUGGAGGAGGUUGUAUUUAUUUUUUGAUGGUUGUGAAGCCUUCAAGCUCACUCUUCUACCAGCACUGUGCCCCACCAGAGAUGCCAAGAAUAGAGCAGGGGUCUGCAGAGCUGAUCCUUAUGGAAAUCCCCCGUCAGAGCAUAACAAAGGGGUUUGGCACCCCACUCUAUCCAGGGUCCAGCCUGGAGUGAGCAAAAGCACUCCCAGCCUUGGGGAGGAGCAGGGGACACCCAGGCCAUCAUCACAUCACCACAAGGUUUCUGGGUGGCCAGCAGAGUUUUGGGAUUCAGGCACAGCAGUGGCUGCAGAGUUGGGGGUUCAGGCUUGACGUCAGGAGGAAUGGGAGGGUGGGAGAAGGGAGCAGCCAGGGAGAGAGGGGGCAUGGAAGUGGUGGGACACAGGGAACCAGGCUGGGGCCAGGAGCUUGGGGCAUCUUGUACGCACCCACAGCACUGCAGGGGGACCCCCAGAACCCUCAGAGCAUGGAAACCAAAUCCACCUCAAAGAGAGUAGGGAAAGCACCAGCUCAAGGGGGCAGUGGGUUUUGGGGUCAU